AUGCCCGCAACCGUCUCGUACAUCUCGGUGGGCGCAGAUACAGCGAUUCCCAUCCGCAUAUUCAUCAACCGACGCAAGAUCUUGCUGCAGAAUUCGGUCGCUGUGAAUGAAAAAUCCACCAUCAAGCUCGCCGCGAUCAAUCUGAUUCGGCUCAGCAACUAUGACCUCAACAACUUGAUCGAGGAUAUUGGGCCUUCUCUUCGGGAGAUACUACUUACGGCCAGACUUGCGGAAUUGUUUCCCAAACGGGCCAUUCUGAAAACUACAAAACUUGUAAAGGAUAUUUCGCACAAUUGGAAGUGUAAAGUGAAUGUUUCGUUGGGGUACAUUGUGUCCUUGAGAUAUAACCUAGGGCGGCUUGAUCUGGCCGAGGAUGUGCAAUUUCUCUCUGAAAAAAAUGUGCUGAUUAAUCCUUUGGGACUGGCAAAGUCGGCGCUUCUACGGAAAGAAAUGAAGUUCUCGAUGUUGGGGUUGGAGGAGGACGACGAGCUGGGGUUCCAUUUGGACGACAAGAAAAGUGUGGGCUAUAAGCUUCGGCGGGUGAAUCUCAUGAACAAUCACAUUGUCGAUACGCUCGAUGUAUACGUGGUCCAUCGGCCGAAGAUAUGA